AGCAGCACCACCACCACCGGCCCCGGGAGCCACGAGGCUGGCCAGGCCAUGGAGAGCCCGGCGGAGAACCCGAGCAAGGCGGCGGAGUACCUCAAGGAGCUGAACAAGAUCAUCGAGACGCAGCAGGAACUGCUGGAGAAGCAGAAGCUCCGGAUCGACGAGCUGGAGCAGCAAGUGGCCCGGCUCUAUCAGGAGAACGCCCGCUUGCAGGACGAGUACCAGCGGCACCUGGCCACAUGCAGGCUCCUGCUCCUGCAACAGGAGCAGCAGGCAGCACCACCAGCAGCAUCAGCCCCACCACCACAGGGAGCUCUACCCGCCCUCCCGCCGCCGCCGCCGGGGGACAGCCCAGAGACCGCGAAGGAUGAAAAGUCUGAAGGUGACAGUUCAAGAAGCAUUGGGUCUUUAAAUACUCUGCACCAGUUUUGCUGUCCAGCUCCAUUGUACCAUACCCAGCUAACUGUCCCUGCCACAUACUCAGAGUACAGGACUUCCUUGGAAACAAGAAGCAGCCUUUCAACUGAUCCACUCAGUGUUGAGGGUGAAGCUCCUGGAAGUGAAACUGGUACAUCAUUGGACAGUCCGUCUACCUAUCACCAAGGGACAAUAACUCACAGUUCAGCUCUAAGUCCAGACCAUUACGAUCAUUCUCCAUACGGGCUGUAUUCCAUCUCUCCUGGGCAGCAAAGACCCCGGAGACCGAAGCUUCAGCACUCAACAUCCAUACUGAGAAAACAAGCAGAAGAAGAAGCGAUAAAAAGAUCGAGAUCCCUUUCAGAAAGCUAUGAACUCUCAUCUGACUUGCAAGAUAAGCAGGUUGAAAUGCUAGAACGGAAAUAUGGAGGCCGUCUCAUAACUAGACAUGCUGCUCGUACCAUACAGACUGCCUUCCGCCAGUAUCAGAUGAACAAGAACUUUGAGCGGCUUAGGAGUUCUAUGUCUGAAAAUCGUAUGUCAAGACGCAUUGUGCUGUCCAAUAUGAGAAUGCAGUUUUCGUUUGAAGGACCUGAAAAAGUCCACAGUUCCUACUUUGAAGGAAAACAAGUUUCUGUUACAAAUGAUGGCUCAAAAAUAGGAGCCCUUGUCCAAUCUGAAUGUAGUGACCUGGGUGAAUCGGCUGCUAUGAAAUCUCCAGCAGCAUCCACUGACUUUGCUGAUGCCAUAACAGAGCUUGAGGAUGCUUUCUCAAGACAAGUAAAGUCUCUUGCAGAGUCAAUAGAUGAUGCGUUAAAUUGUCGUAGCCUGCAUUCUGACGAGGUGCAAAUAGCUGAUCAAGUCCGAGGUCGUGAAUUAGAGAGGGACAGUUGUGGUCAAACUAAACCAACAAGCCAUAAUGUGGAUCACAGGAAGCUGGAUGAAAUGACUGCCUCGUAUAGUGAUGUUACCUUAUAUAUUGAUGAGGAAGAACUCUCCCCACCACUUCCCCUUUCCCAGUCUGUAGAUAGACCAUCAAGCACAGAAUCUGACCUAAGGCUUCGGUCAGUGAACCCAUCUCAAGAAUAUUGGUCUAUGGCACACAAGGAUCAUAAGAUGGAUACUGACACCAGUUGCAGGAGUACCCCUUCGUUAGAAUCCCAGGAGCAGCGGAUGAGGAUGGAUCAUCUGCCUUUGUUAACCAUAGAACCACCAAGUGACAGUUCAGUGGAUUUAAGUGAUCGUUCGGAGAGAGGAUCCUUAAAGAGGCAGAAUGCGUAUGACCGAGGAGUUACUAGUCAACAAGGAAGCCCAAAACACAUCUCACAUGGCAUCCCAACCAAGAUAAUAUCCCGAGAAGACCCGGAGACUAGGCAUAGACCAAGGCCCAUCGAUAGCCACUUAGCCAUUAAUGGCACAGCAAACAGGCAAAGCAAAUCUGAAUCCGACUACUCUGAUGGUGAUAACGACAGCAUCAAUAGCACUUCCAACUCCAAUGACACAAUAAACUGCAGCUCAGAAUCUUCUUCUCGAGACAGCCUAAGGGAACAAACCUUGAGCAAGCAAACAUACCACAAAGAGACUCGCAAUAGCUGGGAUUCUCCUGCCUUCAGUAAUGAUGUCAUCAGGAAACGUCACUACAGGAUUGGACUGAACCUUUUUAAUAAAAAACCUGAAAAAGGAAUCCAGUACCUGAUUGAGAGAGGCUUUGUGCCUGAUACACCUGUUGGAGUUGCUCACUUUCUUCUACAAAGAAAAGGACUCAGCAGACAGAUGAUUGGAGAAUUCCUUGGAAACCGACAAAAGCAGUUUAACCGGGAUGUGUUAGAUUGUGUUGUGGAUGAAAUGGACUUCUCAGCUAUGGAACUGGAUGAAGCACUCAGGAAAUUUCAAGCUCAUAUCCGUGUCCAAGGAGAAGCUCAAAAAGUAGAACGACUCAUUGAGGCUUUUAGUCAAAGAUAUUGCAUCUGCAAUCCAGGUGUUGUGAGACAGUUCAGAAAUCCUGAUACCAUCUUCAUCCUAGCUUUUGCAAUCAUAUUAUUAAAUACAGAUAUGUAUAGUCCAAAUGUGAAACCAGAACGGAAAAUGAAGCUUGAAGAUUUUGUCAAGAAUCUGAGAGGUGUAGAUGAUGGGGAAGAUAUCCCACGGGAGAUGCUUAUUGGGAUUUAUGAGAGAAUCCGCAAGCGGGAACUCAAGACAAAUGAAGAUCAUGUGUCACAAGUCCAAAAGGUUGAAAAACUCAUAGUAGGAAAGAAACCGCCAACCUAUAAGAUGGUACACAAUAUGAGUCUUGGGGCCAGCAAUUCUGUCUUUCCCUCUCUCAGCCUGACGGCACUUUUUAAAAUUAUUAUUAACUUGAGUCAGCAUUUUACUUUACCUUUUAUCCCACAGGUUCUCUCUCUCCCACAUCGGAGACUUGUUUGCUACUGCAGACUCUUUGAAGUUCCAGAUCCAAAUAAACCGCAGAAGCUUGGAUUACACCAGCGAGAAAUAUUUUUAUUUAAUGAUCUCCUUGUGGUUACCAAGAUUUUUCAAAAGAAGAAGAAUUCAGUCACGUACAGUUUUCGACAGUCUUUUUCCCUUUAUGGAAUGCAGGUCCUCCUUUUUGAGAAUCAGUAUUAUCCCAAUGGUAUACGGCUCACAUCAGCAGUUCCAGGAGCAGAUAUAAAAGUUCUUAUAAAUUUCAAUGCACCAAAUCCCCAGGACAGAAAGAAAUUUACUGAUGACCUGAGGGAGUCUAUCGCAGAGGUGCAAGAAAUGGAAAAGCACAGAAUAGAAUCUGAACUAGAGAAACAGAAAGGUGUAGUACGCCCAAGCAUGUCUCAGUGCUCUAGUCUGAAGAAAGAGUCCGGCAAUGGGACACUGAACCGAGCCUGCCUUGAUGAUAGUUAUGCCACUGGAGAGGGGCUUAAAAGGAGUGCCCUUAGCAGCUCUCUUAGAGACCUUUCUGAAGCAGGCAAGCGUGGGCGUCGCAGCAGUGCAGGAUCGCUAGACAGCAAUAUGGAAGGGUCCAUCAUUAGCAGUCCUCAUAUGCGCCGAAGAGCUACAUCAACCCGAGAGUGUCCAUCUCGCCCUCACCAGACUAUGCCUAAUUCUUCCUCACUACUAGGGUCCUUAUUUGGUAGCAAAAGAGGAAAGCCUUCCCAAGGCCAUCUAAUCUCUGGCCCAUCACAACCACCUCCGCACCCUCCCAUAAUUUCACAUCAGCAGCAUUCUCAGCACCCUUCGGCCGUGCACCACGCAGGGCCGUUGGAGGGGCAGACCCAGGCACAAGUGCACACUCACCAUUCUCAGUACUGCCACAUGCAGAAUCCACCCCCUUAUCACCACCACCACCAUUACCACCCACCCCAACAUAUCCAGCAUCCACAUCAAUAUCACCAUAUGCCGCAUUCACAACACGUAGCUCAUACGCCACACUCUUACAUGCCACAUUCCCACUCACCACAUUCCCAUGUUCCCCACCCUUCCUUGCCCCCUCCUCACUCAGUUCACUCUUCCCAUGUUUCCCACCACCAUGGACAGCCAGGGGCCGCUUCUACUUCAACCAGCACUAAGCCCAAACAUAGCGGCAUCAGCACAGUAGUCUAGAACCAAAACCGCCCUGCCAGCAAAUGUAGCUCUAGACAUAAAUGUAAAUGGCACUUAACAGAAAACAGAAGCAGCCUGUAAAACUGGAUUUUAAAAAAUUCCAAGCCAGAAAGAACUUACUUGUCUCCUUUGCCUUAAGGAUUCAAUAGAACAAUUCAUCAUAUUAGCCUGAUUGUUGCUGGUCUUACUGUUGAAAUUGGUGGUGACCUUCUCCCUCCUUUUUUUCCAGUAGCCUUGAAAAAUACAAUGCUUGCUGAAAACAUUAAGCUACCUUUAUUCAUUCCCAUGACAGUUUUUAAUGCAUAACUAAAACAUAACCAAUUCAAAAUAAAAGGAAAAAAAAUGAACUAGAACCAGGUGUUGCAUUCUUGCUCCUUAAUUGUCAAUGGGCAAAAAAAGUAGACCUCAUAUGGUUGAUGAAAGUACGUAAGUAAACUUUAUAUAAUAUAAAUAUAUAAAUAUAUACAUAUAUACAUAUAUAUACUGUAUAGUUAACAUUUAUGCUUAGAACAAAACUUUUGCAGUCCACAAAGCUAGCAAUAUAUACUUUACCAGGAAUUCCACUUACUGAUAGAAGGGCAGUACAAUAGAUGAACAAUGUAUGAAAAUGUAGACCAAAAACUAGAACAAACUCCAGGCAUUUCAGUAUUCUCAUUUAAAGGUUUUCUGGAUUUGGGGGGUAUGGGGGGCAGAAUCUCUAAGCAAUCACUGCAACAUGUGCCAACUAACAUAGCAUUUAGCAGGUGUAGUUAAAUAUUACUUUGUACAAAUCCUUAUUUUAUUAACAUAAUAUACUCAGUAUUAAAAACUGCUCUGCUAUUUCAGGUAAGCAAACUAGUUAAGAUGCAGUAACUAUACAGUAGCAACAAGAGAUAACCUUUAUUAUAGGUUCUCUUUACAUUUUGGUUACUCAACUUAUUAGACACUUUAAAGGCUGUGAUAACUGUGAACUUACACUAUCUACAUUUCUUUUAUAUCCAUAUAUGUUUUAAUAAACACACAUGAAGAUGUAAAUGGAAGGUACUUGCAUACACUGCAUAAACAUUCAUCUCAGACCUUAAAAUAGAAACAUCCAUUCGUUUCAGCCACAUUGCCUCUUUUCUAUAAGUUACUCAGAUUAUCUCAAUUAAAAUAGACUGGAGUUCAGAGUUUUUUCCAUAUGAAAGCAAUCUGAAACUUGAAGGCUUAUUUUAGUAUUGAGUGUAGAUUUUUAUAACUGUAAUUCCAUGUAGCCAUGUGCUGGCAACAGGACUUUCUCACCAUUUUUCUCAUCACAUUUGUUAGUUUUACCCAGCACUCAGCAGGCUGAGUCUAUGCUCAAACUGUCAUAGUCUAGUUAGUCGCAAGACAUCUUGUAAAAUCCAGCUGUGCUCUUGUUGCUUAUGUGUUGUAAUGAGUCAUUUGCAAAUCCAUAUGAGAUUUUUUUUGUAUCCCUAAACCCUAUUUUUUUAAAAAAGAAAAUCAUACAUGGAGCAUACUUUAUAGUUUCAGCAUUUUGAGCCACCUCAGUCACAAGGACUGUACAUCUGACUGGUGGAAACGAAAAGAACCGCGGAACUGCAUCGGCAGAAUUGUGAAUGUGGUUUAAAAGAAGCAGAAGGAAAAAGUUCCAGUGACAGAUGGGUAAAACAAAACAAAAAUGAUUAUUGCUUCUGAAUGUUGAAGUGAUGUGUGAAGAUGACUUUAUUGUACUGGUUAUUUCUAAUGUCUCCUGUUUGUCUGUUUGUUGUUCUUUCUCUCUCUCUCUCUCUCUCUCUCUCUCUCUCUCCUCCCCCCUCUUCAUGCAAUGGAUUAUACCAUGGCUACCAGCAAAACUGAAAACUGAGUACUGUACAGUACUUUUGUUAACUUGCAUUCAACACAAGCAUUCACCUAGAGUUAUAUUAUUUUCAAUGUGUGCAAUAUUUUUUCUACAAAAUAACUUCAUAUGAAAUAAAGUAAUAAAAAUAAAUCAAAUAGUCAACCAGUCUGUCCAAAAUGGUGCAGAUUACCUAAGAGGGCUCAUAUCAGCCCCCUGAGGGUCUGUUCCUUGCAAUUUAAACUGUUUUGUUCCUAUAAGAGAUAAUAGAACUGUCUGCAUGUCAUCUAAUGUUAAUAGUGUUGAAGAUACACUCUACAUAUUGUAUAUUUGCAAAAUAUAUCAGUGUUACUGUUGAUAUUAGUUGAAGUAAAGUGAUAACAUAUUUAAAUAUGUAGGCUUUUCUUCAGACCUUUGUACCAAUAGUAGAGUCUAACUAUAAUUUAUAAGUUUUCCCAGAAAAGAUACAAUUGGUGGUGGACACUUUUAUCCUUUGUAUUGCUCACUGUAUGUUCUGCAUGAACCAAGCUCAAAGCACAAGCUCAGAAUGUCUGUCCAUCUUUUUUUUAAUUUGAUAUCCUAAAAGCUAUUUUUAAAAUACAUUGACCAUUUUUUUCUGCCAAUUAUUCCAUUCCCUCAGGUAACUUCAUGAAUUAUGUCAAGAUUUGCUUCAUAUGCAUGUAGUAAGGUACAAACUGAAGUGAUAUCCUAUUGUAUGUAUAUGGAACAUAAAAUUGUAAUGAAAUCAUACUUGAACAAAUCAUGAAACACACAAGAAACUGCCUAAUCUGAGGUCUUCUGUUGCUGUGGUUUUAAUGUAUUUUCAAAGCUUAAAUCCAGCAUCAUGCUGAUGUCGCAGUUUCAGCACAAUGGAAAUCUCUUCCCCUUUCCUCCUCCUCGCAGUUCUCUAUACCCUCUCCAAAACUGGCUGCAGCUCUGUAAACCUCCAGAGCUGGUUUGGGGGGCUUACAAGGGUCUGUAGUGGGAUGAGGAGAGAUUGUCUAUUUCUGCUGUUCUGUCAAUGGAACUCCAGUAUUAGAUAAUGCCCCAAACUUUGCUGAUUUUUAGAGGACUACUCUGAAAUACUAGAAUAUCUUUCCAAACAACAGUACAGUAUCUUUUUCCCCUGCAGUGUUCCCAGCUUGGUACCCCAAAUGUUCUUGGACUAAAACUCCCAGGAGCUUUCCUCACUAGCUGCGCUGGUCAGGAUUUCUAGGAGUUGUAAUCCAGGAACAUCUGGGGACCCAAGGUUGGGAACCACUGCCCUAGAGGAGGAAAAUGACGGUGAUCACAGUUGGGUUCUUUGUGCUGUGGGAGAUUGAAAUCAUUAUGUUACACAAUAAAAUAGGUGGUUUUUUUUUUACAUUUUUCUUAAUGAUUAAAAAUCAGUACAAGCCACUACUGAGCCAUAUUUCUUUCUUCCCCUGGAUAAAUUAAUAUCAGUAAAAACAACCAUCCAAUGACGUUAAAGGGAAGACUGAAUAACCAAAAUAUCUUUUGUGGGACAACAGUCAAAUAUGUAUUUGCUUUUUUUAAUCCUUUUAAGUUAAGAAUGAAGUGUACAACAAUGUAAAAAGAAAACAAAAUAAUCCUAAUAUAAUGUACAUGUCUUGUAUUGCUAAAAAAACAAAGUCUUCAAGCAUACCAUUGUAGAAAGAUUUUUCCCAUCAAGCACUGCAUGCAGCAGAAGCCUCUUGUUUCUUGGUUUUAAAAUGAGCUGAAGACAGUCAGCAGCUAUUUAAACAAUGACUCUCUACAUGUUGACGUGCUGUUCCAUAUAAAGCUGUGCGUUUCCUGCAAUUAAGCAUGCAUUUUGCUGUUUCCGUUGUUAAGUAUCAUCACACCUUGCCUGCAAGAAGAGUAAUUGUGUAUAUAGUUAAAAGGAAAACAAAACUUGACCAAUAAGAUGAAAUUUUGAGGGAGGGAAAAGGGUAACGGAAACAGGACCAAGUAGGGAAAAUAGCUAAUUCUCUAAAUUGUAUAUAGUGUGUAAAUUAGUAUUAAUAUAAGUCUGCAGUCACUUUCAGGUUGCACACAGUACCUGUCUCCUGCUAGGAACUUUAAUCCCAGCAUCGAGAAGUAGUAAACUGUUAGAAUUAGGUCUUGAAUGCAGACUAUUAAAAAAAAACCUUCAAGAAACAUCAUGCUCACAAGAAGCUUCUGUUAUGGGAGGCUCGAGACCCAUUUUGUAACUGUUGGGAAGGAAAGAGUGCUUUCAUUUUAAUAUGCAUUGUUUGUAAGUAGUAUCAGACCUUAUCGUUGUAAAAUUAUAACUGUGAUUAUGUGAGAAAUCAAAUAAAUCACUUUGAACUCA